AUGGCAUGUGAAUCCAGAGGAGUGUAUUGGUACUUCUCAAUUCACUACCGCCAUGAUACUCAGAGGCAGUAUGAACUACGUUGUGAAACGGAGGGAGAGGUCAACGCCUGGGUGGAUGCUAUUAAACACUGCAAUUUCAAUGCGAUACUGCUGCAGAAAGAGGAAUUAGAACAAAAGUACCUCCAUCUUCUUCAGAUACACGACAGCGAGAAGAUAGCAAAGUUUGGUCUCCGUCAGCAGUGUCAGGAACUCACAGCUGAAGUAGCCAAACUCAAAACAGAAUUGAACCUGCUGCAGAGGAGAGAAAGGAAAAUGUCUGGUUCAAUCAAAGGAACUCCAGAAGAUGAUGAACCGGAGGAUAUUAAAAAGAUUAAGAGAGUCCAAAGCUUCAUACGUGGCUGGCUGUGUCGACGACGUUGGAAAGCCAUUGUGCAGGACUACAUCAGAUCGCCACAUGCAGAGAGUAUGCGAAAGCGUAACAGUAUAGUAUUUGGGAUGGUGGAGUGUGAACGCGAGUACGUUGAGCAGCUUUCCACUCUUGUCUCCUGCUUUCUGCGUCCUCUCAAGAUGGCUGCCAGCGCAAAGAAACCACUUAUUUCACAUGAAGAUGUCAACUCAAUAUUCCUCAACAGUGAGACUAUAUUCUUCUUACAUCAAAUUUUCUACAAAGGACUAAGCGCUAGGAUGGAACACUGGCCCAAGCUGGUCCUUGGUGAUUUAUUUGACAUGCUGCUUCCGAUGUUGAGUAUCUACAAUGAAUAUGUGAGAAACCACCACUAUAGUCUACAGGUGUUGGCUGAAUGCAAGCAGAAUCCAGCGUUUAAUCAGCUACUCAAACAAUACGAGACGAAACCAGUCUGUGAAGCAAGAUCCCUAGAAACAUUCCUCACUUACCCAAUGCAUCAGGUGCCUCGGUACAUUAUAUCUCUACACGAGCUGCUAGCACACACGCCCCAUGACCAUGUGGAGAGAAAGAGUCUGGAGUAUGCCAAACUCAAACUGGAAGAGUUAUCCAGGGUAAUGCAUGAUGAGGUAUCAGAGACGGAGAGCAUCAGGAGGAACCUAUCGAUAGAGAGGAUGAUAGUAGAAGGAUGCGAUCUUCUUCUUGAUGUUCAACAGAUGUUUGUCAGACAAGGUAAUCUAAUACAGGUUACCCACGAGAGAUCUAGACAGAGUAGAAGCCGAUUAGGUUCCCUGGGUGGUAAGGUGGAGAGUCGCAAGGAGGGCGUCAGGCAGUGCUUUCUCUUCACCAAACAUCUCCUCAUUACCUCCAGGACAUCAGGUGGCAAGCUACAUCUGGCCAAGGUUGGAGGCAAGAUUCCUUUGAUUGACUCAACCAUUGUAGAAGACUUUGACCCAUUUGAUGAUGAUGGAGUGCCAUCGCCUUCCAAUCAGAAUAGUGAUCAUGACAACUUGGAUUUUAAGCUGAUUGUAGAUUCUAAGAGUGGACCGCCUCUUGUUAUCACACUGGUGGCUUCUACACCACAGGAGAAAGCUGCAUGGACCAGUGAUAUCAGUCAGUGCAUAGACAACUUACAUUACAAUGGUUUACUUGAUAGCUCAAUGGAGGACAGUGGCUCAUCUGUACAUCUCCCUCAGUGUAUCAAAUCGGACACUCGCCUGUUCAAGGAUGACCACGACAUCCGCUUCAGUAAGAUCCUCAACUCCUGCAAGGUUCCUCAGAUCCGCUACGCCAGUCUUGAGAGACUCCUGGAGAGGUUGACAGAUCUACGCUUCCUCAGUAUUGACUUCCUCAAUACCUUCCUACUAACGUUCAGGGUGUUCACAGACUGGGAGAACAUUAUCUCUACACUAGAGCGGGUCUAUAGGAAUCCUGACACAGUGGAGAGUCAAUUAAAUGUAAACCCACACCCUCCCCCAUCCCCUAGCCACCAUGCGAGUGACCCUCAUCAUCCUCAUAGCAAUCAGUAUGAAAACAGUCCUCCACCGGCCAGCCCCUCCCGGAGGGGAUUCAUCAACCGCCGGCCCAGUUCCAGCAACCAUCCAGGAGCCAACAUCAAGGUGACCAUGACCAAACCGUACCAUGAGGAGAUGGAGAUAGAUGGAGGAGGAGCAGGGGGAGGAGGGGGGAGAAUCUUUGAAGCAAAUACUACUCUCAGGACACACCCAUUCAGAAGAAGCUUCAAGAAAGCCACAGACGAGAGUCAAAGCAAGACGGAUAGUUCAGUUGUUAUGAGUAUAGCCGAUCCUCAUGUAUCGCCUCCGGACUCUCCGCCUUACUUCCAUACCCUUACUCCUCCUGCUAGUCCUAACCAACUGGAAACCCUACGUCUUCAUCCCAAGAGGAUGCUGUCAAUGAGUCAUUCAGCUCCAAACAUUGCUGCUUUAGUCAAGGCCACCAAACCAGAUCCCAUCCCCAUUCCUCCAACAUCACCCCACCGAUCAUCCGUUGGCAAUAACUUCUUCCAGUUUAGCAGCUCUCCCCCUAACACCACCGUGUCGGCCGGUGUAGUGGUCACUUCCUCCCGUAUGUCCACCCGCAGGUCCAGCUGUUCUUCGGCUGCGGUGGCCUUUGCCGCUGCCACGGCCGGAGCCACCAACGCCAAGGAGUUUGGUGCUGCCAACAACAUGCUCAGUCGAAAGAGGGCAAAGAAAAGUUAUGGACGUGGUAAACUUCAGAGUUGUUUGAGUAAAGAGGUCAUCAGUUCAGCCGCUACUGUAAGAGUCAUUAAUGUCAUCCGACAUUGGGUUUCUAAGUUCUCUAAGAAUUUUGAAUAUGACGAAGGCCUACGCAAUCGAGUCUUAGAAUUCUUGGAAGAAGUAGCAACCAAUCCCAACCUCCUCCCGUCAGAGCACAGAGCAGCUAGCACCAUUCAAAGGCAAAUUAUUCAGGAUCAUGCAAACAUCCGGCUGCAAGGUGAAGCGGAGCUAGCUGCUCUGGUUCCUGAUCAACCAUUACCUGAAGAUACCUUUGAUCGAAUGUCAGCAUUAGAGCUAGCAGAACAACUCACCUACCUAGAACAUAAACUACUCAGGGCUAUCCCAUAUUGGGAAUUUCUUAAUCAGGCUUGGAUGAAGCAGGAUAAAGCAACCAGAGCACCUAAUAUUCUCGCUGUUACAAGGAGAUUCAACGAGGUGAGCAAGUUGGUAUCGUCUGAAAUCCUCCGUCAGAAGUCUGUAUCAGCUAGGGCUUUGGCCAUCGAGAGAUGGGCUGGUGUUGCUGAUAUUUGUCGGUGUAUGCAUAACUUCAAUAGUGUUCUUGAAAUCACUUCAGCUCUCAUGAACAGCUCCGUGUAUAGACUCAAGAAAGUCUGGGAAAAAGUUCCCAAGCAAACGAAGGCUCUUCUGGACAAACUUCAGGUGUUAGUAUCUUCAGAUGGCAGAUUUAAAAAUAUGAGAGAAGCCUUACAUAGAAUUGACCCUCCUUGCGUGCCAUAUCUUGGUUUCUAUCUAACUGAUCUUGCCUUCAUUGAAGACGGGACUCCUAACAUCACAGACGAUGGACUCAUUAACUUCUCAAAGAUGAGAAUGAUUGCUCAUGUUGUAAGGGAGAUCAGGCAUUUCCAGCAUACUAACUACAAUAUAGAGCCUGACAAAAGGGUAAUAAGCUACCUCCUUGAUACAUCUUUGAUCAUGGAUGACGAUGAGAUGUAUGCCUUGUCUCUGGAGCUGGAGCCAAGACAGUCAACAAGGAUGGCUAAAAGCAUAUAGAACAAUAAUCAUUACCAUCAUCCUCCACGUGAACAAAGACAGUCGACAAGGGUGGCUAAAGCAUAUUGAACAUUCAUCGCCAUGCAUCUACUUAAAAUAAGACAGUCUACAAAGAUGGCUGAAAGCAUAUAGAAUGUUCAACAUCAUUGUCAUCAUCACCAUCAUCAUCAACCUGUACUUGAACAAGACAAUCCACAAGGAUGGCUUAAAGUACAUAGAAUAUUCAACUUCAUCCCCUACUUUAGCCAAGACAGGAUGGCCAAAAGUUCAUAGAAUGUUCGUCACCAUCAUUAUCACCAACAUCAUCAUCACAAUCAUCAUCAUCAUCAGGAUGGCUAAAAGAAUAUAGAACAUUCAUCGUCAUCAUCAUCUUCAACGUGAAAUAAAACCGUCUACAAGGAUGGCUGAAUGCAUAGAAUGUUUAUCAUCAUCAUCAUCAGCCCCCUCUACUUGAACAAGACAGUCUACAAGGAUGGCUUAAAGUACAUAGAAUAUUCAACUUCAUCCCCUACUUUAGCCAAGACAGGAUGGCUGAAGGCUCAUAUAGCAUUCAUACUCGGCAUUCUUAUCUUCUACUUGAACAAAGACAGUCUCCAAGAAUGGCUUAGGCUGCUUAGAACAAUUGUCCAGAACAGCAUUCUUGACUAUACAGAGAGGAUCUAAAUUAAUUCCUGAUGCAGAGAACUACAUGUAGGAUACCAACAUGCAAUUGAAGUAGUACCAUCCUGUAUAUACAUUUUUUUUAAUCUUUGAUAGAAUGGUUAGCGCCCACUAAAAGGGUAAUGUGACUGCAUUUUGUUUUUGUUCCAGGAAAUAUAUGACAAGCAAAAAAUAAAAGGGUCCUCAUUGUGCAUGCGCAUGACAUAUUUCCCUUACAACAUUACGUAUCUCAAGGGGGGGGGGGUAUGGGCUGGAUGUACGCCUAUACCUGGAUCCUUAUUCAACAUUCGGAAGUAAGAUUUGUAAUAUUCUUGAUAUUGCUAUCGCAGGGUUAUACAUUUUUACUGUACGUUGUUGAGAAUCCAUCAUGCUCUAUGAAUCAGAUUCAGGUGAGCAUUUUGUGAUGCAAUUAUCCUACCAAUAUGCACUCAAACAGAUGAGAGUCGCUCUUUGCAUAAAAUUUAUCACUAUGGUAUCUUACCAGGUGACCAAGAUAUAUAUCUUCCGUUAUUUUGGAUUAAUGUAGUCAGAGUAUGAGAAGUAAAAGUGAACUCCCUAUCAAGUAAUACAUCCUUUCCAGUUUUGUGAAUGAAACUUAGAAGAGAGAUGUACAACUGAAAUAAUUGCAAGUGACUUCUAAAAAGAAUAUCGAGUAGAAAAGUGAAAUAACAAGCUGAUUCCAUCCUGUUCUGAUUUUGCUUACAAAUUUCACUUUCACAUUUAUCAUUUAAUAGCCUGUCUGUUCAUAUUUGCCCAAAGUUUAGUUAUGUCCUCAAAGUUAUGUUUUCAAUCUUAAAGAUAAAUUAGGCUGAUGGAAACAUACAAACAUUGUUGGCUUCCUUUUUUUCAAUACUCUUUUCUAGAAAAAGUACUUUAUUUAACUCUUUUGCAUUCAGUAUUCUUCUUUCAUUCAGUAUUUAAUUUUGAUAUCUUUAUGUGCUUUUUGUAAGUUUGAAUUAGUUCUCUAUUUAUGCUCUCAUGGUUAAUAAUUUCUUUGUUUAUUCUUUUCAUAUUUUGUUUUCUUCCUGUUGCAUGAGAAUCAUGUCCAACCAUUUCUGAUGCUGCAAAUUUAUUUGAAUCUGAUAUAUUUUUGGAACAAACAGUGAAAUAUCUUACAUUUUUUUCAAUAGUCAUUUUAGAGUACAUUUGAAUUUUCUGUACAAGGGAUUGAUUGAAUAAAUAGAAUGUAUGCCACAGACAUUUUCCCCCUGUAAGAAAAGUUAGCAAUGUAUCAUACUAACUAGGUGCGUUGGCUCAGUUGGUAGAGCGUCCAUCUCACGACCUGGAGGUCAGGAAUUCAAGCCCCGGCUGCAUCAGACCAAAAAGAUGUUAAAAGAUGGGAGUUUCUACUACCGUGUUUGGCAUUCAACGAUUUAAGGAAUAGAGCCUCGUUGAUCUGGCGCUGCACAGUGGAUGCAGGGACCACGAUCAGUGGGGUAAAAUAAAUUUUCAGAGUAUUUCUAUUUUAGAUUGCUAUUUUGAACAAUAAAAUAUGGAUUUUUCAUUUUCAUUCUUUUUUUCCAAUGAUCCUCUCUAUUCAGUGUAGCAUCAGUAAACUACUAUUUGCUUACAUGUACAUUUGAUGUAGGAUCAAAAUUAACCUUUUUUGGGAAAUUUGGUUGUCUUUUUCAUGAAGAGGGUUGUUUGUCAUUCUCAUUCUGUUUUUAAAAUUUCACCUUCCAUUGCUCAAUUUUACCUCCAGCUUCUCUUGCUCAUAAGAUGAUUAUUCUCCUAUUGCUUCUUCCGCUGAACCCAUAUUAUGUUCAAUCUUUUCUUAUUUAUAUUUUUGUUUACUGAUCAAACUUUGCCUUCCUGUUGUUCAUGUAGUAAUCGGUAAUUUAAGACUUUAUUCUUAAACAUUUCAGAAUAACUACUGCAAACAUUGCUUUAUAUG